GCGGCCCCUCUCGGAGCGCCCGCACACCUGCGCACCCCACCCGCCGUCCCUCCCCCAUCCCCGCUGGGAGUGUCCGGGGGCCUCGCCUAGCCAGGUCCGGACGCGCACCCGACAGCGGCGCGGUGACGCCGGCCGGGAUCGCUCCGUCCGGCUGCAGCGGCCACGGCCGGGGCGCCUUGUCGGGGCCGGGAUUGGGGCCAUGCUGGGCCGGCGGCGCGUCUUCGCCGUGGAGCCGCUGGGCGGCCGGGAUGGGGCUGGCGAGGACCUGGCACGUGGUUGUGUAGUGCCUGGAGUCACCAGCACCUACAGACGGAUCCCGGAUGCCGCUCCAGGGUGGUUGGCAGACUCCUGCAAGGGGCAUGGCAGGCUGAGAGCACCCGGGAGGCAGGUGCCACUUCUCAAACUGGCCUCCCAGGACUCAGGAGUGGAGAUGGCGGUUGGGGACAGCUCCCUAGCCACCUCACCGGGCCUUUCUCAAGACUCUCUGAACUUUGAGCCCAUGCGGAGCGCUGAGCCCCUGGCCCUUGGUGCCAUGGAGCCUCCUGCCCACCUAAGCCGGCUUCUAGCCAGCCGUAAGCUGGAGCAGGUGCUGGAGCGGUCCCGCCAACUCCCGACUUCCUCUGCCAGCUUGUCACACUACCGCUCCCCAAAGCCACCAAGCAACCCUGAGUGUGAAAUGCCCCUUUUUGGAGCAGGAGGACAGGAGGCCACUGAGGCAGAGAGUGACCUAGAGGCAGGCCUGGAAGAAGCAGAGGUGGUGGGGGGCUUGGGGCCUGAAGCCUGGGCCUGCCUCCCAGGGCAGGGUCUUCGCUACCUGGAACACCUGUGCCUGGUGCUGGAGCAGAUGGCGAGGCUGCAGCAGCUCUGCCUGCAGCUGCAGACUCGGAGGGGCCCUGGGGUGAGUGAGCUGUGGGCAGUCGGGCCAGCGGGCAGGCAGGUGAGUGGGGGAUGCAGAGGAUGGGGGGGACCCCUGGAACCAGGACUCCCUUCAGAACAGCCUCAGUGCUCUAGCCAGGUCCUGAAAGCCCGUCUCUCCUGCGCACAGGAUCCCAAAGAGAAGGAGCAGCCAGCCCUGGCGCCUUCACCUCCACCCUCUCACGCCCCAGGCAGUGAGGUACACGGGCAGUGGGAGCGGCUCAGCCAGACAGAGGAGACAGGAGCAAGGACAGCUUCCGCCCCAAAGGUAGGGGUGCCCAGCGCCAGCCCUUCCAGGCUGUCAGAGGCCCUGGCAGAGCCAGCUCACACCUUUCCAUCCUCCCAGGGACACAGGCGGGAUCUCUCCCACUGGAACAAGGUCAAGGUCCUGCUCAACCGGAUCCGGUGGAGGAGCCCUCGACCUGCUGAACCCGCUGCCCCUCGUGAUGGCUCUGCCCCCAGGAUUGCAUCAAGGGACCUCUCUGAAAGGCCUCCAGGCCAAACCCUCCAGAAGACCUUUAUGCCAUCAUUAGUGGUUAAGAAGCAACGAGCAAAAAACCUUACUGUAUGCUGAGACUUCCUGGUGCAGGGAUGUAACCCCAGCUGGGGGGGAGCGCAGUGAAGUCUUCUUCCUCGCCCUCUGCCCUGUUGCUGCUUCUGGGCACUGCCAGGAAAAGCUGUUGAUGCUCAGUUUUCUCUCUGAGGCGAGGGCUGAGUCUUUCUCCUCUGAGCAGCCAAGGAACCCUGGGUCCCUGAGAGGCCCCAAGGUGCAGCAGCUCUUGGGCUCCUCCCUGGUUGCCAGAAAUCCCUGGGCUUAGGCAAUGUGAACUUACUGAUUCAUCUGGCGUCCAUGGAGUGCGUUUGGCGUGGUGAUCUGUCGGGGCCCAGCGGGUUGCUGGGGACUGUGGGACUGUCAGUGUUGUGAACUGGCUGGAUCCAACCAUCUCUCUGGAAUCAUGCACUCAAAGAGUCAGUCUUCAGGGUGAGGUAACUGCAGAACGAUGGACUUGACCUUCACUCCUGAGCAGGCAGUUACUGAUCUGGAGUCCUCCCUUCCUCCUCAUACUUGCAUGGGCAGCCCCAGGACAGAGAAGGGUGCUCUCUUGGCUGCCUCUGCAUUGAAUCUUGCCUGAAGACUGCACCAGGGAUGGGAGUCAAGGACAACAUGGGGAACAGCAGAGUAAUCUUCAAGGUCUAUUCUCAGCUGCUUUACUCCUUACUAGCCUUUCCACGUCACAGCUGAAACCAGAGGCCCAUACUAGCUUUUAGACCUUGACAAAAAUCCCUUAACUUUUCUGAGCCAUAGCUUCCCACUUAAUCUCCCAAAUGGUAUAAUGAUGCUUGUCCUACCUACCUCACAGGCUUGUUU